AUGAACAUGGAAGAAUCCAUCGCACGGCCGGGAAUUUCGCCCUUGAUCAGGCAAUAUAGCAUGAAGGCAGAGGAGGAGACUCCGAAUAGUACACUUGUGCAAGCCCUAAGCUCCACCAUUCGAAAGCAAGACGAGGAUGAAAGGCGGGCCAGGAAGCAGGCCAACGAAUGGCGAGCAUGGCUCGAAUUCGGGCAAGCCACAGACGACGCCGAUCUGAAUCGCUUGGAAAACGGCCGCAAGAGCAUUGUUGAGAUAUGGCAGAGAUUCAGGGAGCAUCAUGACUCGGACUCGGGGGAAUCAAGUUUAUCGUUCCACGAUGUACCGAAUGUUGCCACGCUGCAGAAAGUAGUGAAUGAUACCCAGGUCAAAUGGGAGACCAAAAAAGGAACAGGCCUUGGGAAGCUCAAGACCUAUGUUUCUGAUUUUCUGGGAAAGAUGGAUGACCAUUCAUAUUUGUUCAAAGUCAUUCCGGCGGGAGAUAAGUACAUCAGUCUCAUCACCGGGGUUGUGUCAUCUGUUGUAAAGGCAACCGUCAGUCAUAAGAAGAUUGCCGAAGGAUUCUUUUUGGCCUUGGUCGAUAUGAGCAGCGAUUUGUGCUUUGUUCAGAAAAAGACGGAUAUCUGGGACAGCCCUGAGAUGAGAAAAUUUGUGGUGGACUUCUACAUUAUUGUAUUCGAGUUCCUAUGCCAUGCAAUGCUGUGGUUCAUUCGCAGAGGAACCCGAUUGCGUUCAAUAUGGAACAAGAAUUUUUACGAUGAUACGGUCAAAAGAAUGGUCGAUCGGAUGAAAGCAGCAAUGGGCAGAAUUCAAUCCGAAGCGUCGCACCUCGCUGAAGUGCAAGUCCAGCAGAUUAGCAUGGGCUUGGGCGCUUUUUUGGGUAAUUUUCGGCCGACUAGCGAUGAUAGCAUGAACAAAUUUCUACUUCUCCAGGUUGUGGGAAGUGAGAGCCAUGAUGAUGACCAGGCAAAAAUACAUCAGAAGCAGCACCGUUUCGCCCAAUUGGUGGGAGUGGGAGCAUGUUCACUCAAAUCCCUGCAGGCCGCCGAAGAACACAUUGAAUAUGAGUCACGGAAGAUACAUGCGUACUCCGCUGCGCAGGACAACUCGAGAGACAUAGAGGUCGUGGAGGACGAGACAUCCGAUGAGGCAUCUGAACCCGAUUCCGCUGAGCUUUUUACACGCUACGACAUUCAAAAGGCUACUAAAUCGUUUAUUAAAUUCACGGAAGACGGCAGGACAGAGAUCACCAAUGCGCUUCGGGGAAUUUCCUCCUCAAUGCUGCCUCUGGAGGUCUUAACCGAGGUCCGGAGAUGGAUUGAAAGCCCAAAAUCCAGAAUGAUCUGGAUUGAGGGGACAUCAUCAUUUUCUCACGGGUCGACCCUUUCUCUGUCGGCAAUGCAGCUUUGCAACAUUAGUAUGCACGCACGAAUUCCUUGCGUGUCCUUCUUUUGCAAGCAAAUCUACACUUUCACUUCGACAUCUCAAACAGGUCUCUCGAAUCAAGAGGCUGCAGUUGUAGCUCUGUUGUACUCCACGAUUGCUCAACUUGCGCGUCUUAUUCCAGCAGAAGUUCCAGCUGCCCCUGAGCUCCACGAGCAGCAAUUUGAACUGCUUGAUGGGAGCAUUGGUAGUGCCCUCGUUGCACUGAGGAUUAUCCAAGCACUCAUUGUGCAUGCACCUCCGUCGAUGAUUUGGGUUAUUGAUGGACUGCAGUUGGCAGAGAGCCGAAGCACAAUUUCUCUCCUUAGUAGCUUCUUUGAGAUCCUACGCAGGCAAGAGGAACUUCGGAUAUCGAAAGUGUGCUUUACAACAGAUGGAAACAGCGUUGUUUUAACCCGGGGUAUUAGCGUGCAUGAGCAUGUCGAUGGCUCUCGAAUGGUCCAGGGAGGACCGGGGCGGCAAUUGCGUGGAGGUGGUGAUGUUUUUGUUGAAUUAAAUAGGUGGUAG